AUGCACACAGGGCCGAGGAGGAGAGGGGGGACAGCCACCUCCAAGAGGAAGAACCAGCAGCAGCGGAGGUGUCAGUUGCAGGAGAUGACGCUGAUACGGAGUCAAGUUCAGAGACAGAGCCGAGUGCUGGACCGUCCUCGGCCUCUGGACCGUUCUCGGCUCCGGGACCGUCCUCGGCUCCUGGACCGUCCUCGGCUCCUGGACCGUCCUCUGCUGCUGGUUCUUCCUCUGCUGCCGGUCGUUCCCCUGCUGCUGCACCUACAGGUCCACAAAGGAAGAGAGCGAGGAAGCGCACCACCCAGGACACCUCCGCCCAGGAGCUAUCGCGCUUGGAGCUGGAGCUGA